UGCUGGGGAACGCCCCUUCCCAGUCUGUGAAUCUGACUGAGACUGAGCAGAAAAUACAGAGCAAUAUCAAGUGCGUUUUGUUGUUCAGAGCAGAGCUCCCCCUGCUGGUCACUGAGAUGAAGUGCAGUGUGGUGUCCAUAGAAACCAGAAGGACGCAGAGAUCUAAUGCAAAGCACAAGAGCUGGAGACAAGUGCCAGGAGUCCAGACACCCGGGGUAAUGGUGGCCGGAGGGUUUAAUGGAGAAAUGGCCCAGAGGAUUUUGCUCGAAUUUGAUGCCCUGGAUAAAUAUUCUCGGGAUGUUCUGGCCAAACACGCCAAGCAGCGCAGCCUGAGUUACCUGCAGAGGAUACCGUCCCUAAGAAUCCCCCUGUCAUUAGAUUUCGAGACGGAGAUUGAUCAGUACCCUGAGGAGAGAACCAGCAGCAGAAGGACCUCCACACCGAGAUCUUCAAGAUAUCCACUGAACGCAGACUUGGGGAAGACGGUCCAUCUGCGACCCUUUACUGCAUCCGGCUACAACAUUUAUCAAGACUUCAAUAGGGAAGAGAGAGAACCGAAGAAACUCACAAAGCCGAGAUGUGUCUCCGCAGACCGGAGGAGAUCUUGGAGAAGUGAGGUGCAGUCAAUACCGGACCUAGAUACACUGUGUCACUGGGAGUACACCGGUCCUGUCCUGUCCAGCCUGGGGGCGCCAUUUACUUUGUCUCCAAGAGAAAUGGUACAAGAUUCCAGUAGAGCAGCAGAGAAGUCAGAAGAGCCCCCUAGUGGUGAUGACCCAGGAGCUGAGGCAUUGUUACCAGGUACAGCACAAAGCGCCACAGACCACAGACACCCCUCCAGGGAGAAUCGCCAGAAAGCAGACACAGUCUCCUUAUGUUUAGAGGAUGAAUUGAAGAAAUCUAAUGCUAAAAUUAUCUCCGUCAGACAGAAGACAAUAAGGGGACACAUCCAGAAUGUAAGUGAAACCCACCCGAUCAUUUACCACAAUCAUAUUGCCAGCUUGUCCGACUUCCAGAGGAGCCUGAGUACAAGACCCUAUUACUUCUUAAGUUCGCAAAGACCAAUGGGCAAAUCUUGCUCUCCAGGUGGUCCCCUCCUGCAGGACAACAAGGACUCCACAGACCCCCUGAAAAAUAGGCAACUUGGGUUACAGGCUGCCAUGAUAAAGAAGAAAAAAGCCAAUAAAAAGUCAUCAUCUGAUAAUAUGAAGGUCAUCUUACAUUACCUAUCAGCAGAUGGGACAAAGCAAAGGGUGGAGAUGGCCAAGGACGGGAAUGUGGCCAAGCAGAAGCAGGUGAAUAGUUCUGCAAAUAAGAAGACUUUUCUACAAGAUGGUAAAACAAUACAGACGUCUCAAAGUAAGGAGAAGGAUGAGGAACAUGGGGUGGGACCAGUCAUAAAUGGGUUAAACCCCAUGACGGCAAUGGUCCCUGUCCCAUCUCUCCAUGCAAGGUCCCACCAAACACAAAGGUUAUUCUGUCCAAGCAGUGCAAGGACGUCCAGUUCAUCCAUCCCAAGACCCAACAGUGUCCAAGAAACAAACAACUGGAGCUACAUAUCCAUCUCAAAACCAUUGUCACCCCCUGAAGGUCCAACUGAACCUCUGCAGAACAAGACGUCAAGUCCUGACCUAGUGAAGGCCAUGGUGAUGUCUACACCUGAGAUGAGGCCCACGACAUUUACCACCAAGUCCAUCAUAUUAGAGAACAGGACUGGGAGACCUGGAUCUUCUUCUGUUGAAUUAAAUCCAAUGGGAACACAUUUGGCAUCUGAGAGGUCGAUAGAAGGUUAUCAAGAAGAAACCAAGAUGGAAGGUGGAGGAUUCGUAGAGUCAACUGUGGAAAAAGAUCACAUCCGUUCUCCAUCAACUGAGAUGGUGGAAAUUAUAAAUCAGGAGAAAGAAUCCCAUGAGGAACAAAUCCAGAAUACGUUCCCCUUCCCUGUGCAGCACAAUACAAUCCCAGUUAUCAAUAUCCCAACAGCCACUACAGACAGUGCAGAAUAAAUCGGAUUAUAUCACAGCCAGUCAGAUUAAUUUUAAAGGGGUACUUUUAAAUCAACUGGUGCCAAAAAGUUAAACA